AUGGCAACCCUCGAAACUACACACAGUUACUCGCCUACCUGGCUUGGUCUGGCAACACAGCUUGGAAUAUCUGCUGGCAUAUCAAUUUAUUGUUUGCUACAGUUUGAGUGGAAUCGUCGUAAGAAGUCCAUGCAAUAUCUAUAUACUCCAAGAACAAGGCUUUCAGAGAAGACAUCUCCUCCAAUACCUCAUGGUCUCUUCUCAUGGAUAAAAGCAACGAUAUUCCUACCCGAGAGCUUUUACUUACAAAAUGUGGGCCUAGACGCGGUCAUGUAUCUCCGUUUUCUGAAUAUGGCGCUAAAAUUUCUGUUACUUAACGUCGUGGUGGUAUGCUCGAUUUUAAUGCCAAUAAAUUAUUUUGGGAAAGGUGAAGAAAAAGGGGUGCAAGUGUUUUCUGUGAAUAACCUCAGCAAUAGCCAUUACGUUUCUCUCUGGGCACACAUGAUUUGCACGUAUGUUGUUAGUAUUAGUUGGAUGUACUUGUUGUUCGUAAACUAUUGGGAUUAUAUGAUGAUGCGUAAAGAUCAUUUUUUGAAUAAAGCGAAAAGGGGGUCGGUGAGUGCACGGACGGUGAUGGUGUCACGGAUUCCGGAGGAACUUCGAUCUGAGGAAAAAUUAAAAUCGCAUUUUGAGUCGUUGGGAGUUGGACAGGUGGAGUCUGCUAGGUUGGUUAGACAUAUGGGAAAAUUGAAUAGAAAGAUUACUAGACGUGAGAACGCGCUUAUCGCGUUGGAAAAAGCACAUAUACAAUUAGCUAAGAACGUUUUUAAUGCUAUUAAAAAGCGGAAAUGGUAUCAUUUCGGAUUUGGAUUCAAACCAAAGCCUAUUUCGGGUUCCGAAAAAAAUAACAACGGUAACAGUAACAAUGAUGAUGAUCCUUCAUUGGAACUAGAAGCUGGUAAUUCCAAAGAAUAUCAGCAUCUUCAAUCAUUCGUUGAUUUAUUGGAUAGACGAAAAAAGAGAAAAUCAAACACUUCUGAAGAUCAAAACCAAUCUGUAAUCAAAACUUCUGCAAUUUCCGCAAACACAAGCACUUUCUCAUCAAGCGAAGAUUUCCUAGAUCAAGAAGAUGGCUAUGGCCGUCAAUUUCUUAUCUGGGAAGCACUCGCACAGCUUAAAAAGUCAACUUUGGAUAAAUAUCAGCCAACUCAUAGAACCGGAUAUUUUGGGACUGGGAAUCGCGUGCGUUCAAUCGAUCAUUUCCUAAAAAAAUUCAAUUUUUUGGAUAGGCGUAUUGCAGAAAUACGCGCGAAGUCCGUAAACGAGAGACCACCCAGACCAACGAGCACUGGCUUUGUCACAUUCACUCAUCAUACUAAUGCGAAUAUGGCCGCACAAUGUAUCAUGAGCACAAAACCGCAUACCUGUACCACGAAAAUGGCACCUGAACCCCGAGAUAUACUUUGGGAAAAUUUAUCGAUGCCUUUUCGGGAAAAAAUGGUACGAUCCUUGAUUGUUAAUGCUAGCGUCUGGGCUUUAACGAUAUUUUGGCUCUUUCCCAUAUUCGCCUUUCUUACCCUUACCUCGAUUGAUUCUCUUUCACAAAGAAUUCAUUUUUUGGGUCCAUUUUUAGAGGCACGACCUAUUGUGCGUACAAUAUUACAGAACGUGUUACCGACCGUAUUGGUUUCUUUCUUUAUGGCCAUGUUACCUUGGAUUCUAAUGGAAAUAUCGAAACAAGAAUGUUUUCCCUCUUAUUCUGAACUUGAGGAGGCUGUUUUAGUUCGAUAUUAUCAAUUCUCUUUUUUCAAUGUGUUUAUCGUGUUUUUAUUGGGUAUAACAUUUCUCGAGUCAAUAUUUGACGUGAUAAAUCAACCCACCAGCAUUAUAGAGACACUAGCAAAAAGUUUACCACAGGGGGCAACAUUUUUCAUAAAUUAUAUUAUUUUCAAUAUUUGUACUCAUGGUCUUGAACUUUUACAAGUGGGAUCACAACUCUUUCUUCAUAUAAUCCUUACGUCAGAAUUCAUCGCCACAACUCCGCGAAUGCUUCAACGAGUUACCCAUCCAUGGUCCUUCCAAUUUUACUACUAUUAUCCAAAUCAUAUACUCGUGCUCGUCAUCACCAUCACUUACUCCACGAUAAAUCCGUUAAUUCUAAUAUUUUCCCUUGUCUAUUAUGCGGUGGCCUUAGUAGUGUAUAAGCAUCAAUUUGCGUAUUGUUAUGUACGACGUUAUGAAUCUGGCGGGAAAUUUUAUCGAAGAGUUUUCGGUUAUACUACUGACGGAUUGAUUAUCUUUCAACUCACCAUAAUUGGAUUGAUUUGGCUAAGAACAGCUCUUAUCGUAGGUGCCUUUUUAGUGCCAUUGCUUGCCGGGACUAUCUAUUUCAAAUAUUAUUGUCAUAAAACUUUUCACUCGAGAACUCACUAUAUGGCCUUGGAUACCCGGCUUGAAUUGGAAGCUGCCGAAAAAGAUAAACAAGAUGAAUCGCAAACAGCAGAUGACCAGACUGGAAAUAAUUCAUCCGUAAUGGCUUCUCAAUCGGAAAGAAUUCAAAGUGAAAGAGAAGAGGCGGAAAGAAAAGAACAAGAAGAAUCUUCUAAUCUCAAUGCUAGUAUCGAGCCAAUAAUUUCGCAAGAUGCUGUCGCCGAAAGUUUCAAAAGAUUGUCGGAAAAUAAUGAAAGCAUUGAUAGUCUCUCUGAUAAUUCUACCGCAGUCUACAAAAGUUCUGAUAAUAAUAAUCGAGGAACUAAUGAUCAGUCCAUUCACACAUCAAAACGCGAGGGACCUCGUGUUAGACUCAGCUUGGGACCGACGACAACUGCAGUGCCAGGACAGAGCUCAGUUGAUCUCACAAAAGACACGUCAUCAGAUGAACUAAAUGUCGACAUUUCAACAAACGGACGCACUACACCUAUAUUAAAAGUGGAUAUUGCGCCAUCAGGAUACAAAGGAAUAACAACUAAAGCAAUACCGGGGUCACCAAUAAUGGUUUCUACUUCUAAUGAACCCAUUCCUUUAAAAAAGAAAGAUGGCGAUGAUUCCAAAAAUGCUGCAGACGUUCUCCCAGAAUCUCGAAAUAAUGCUGAAAAACAAAAAGUCAUAACAUAUUCCACUUCACCAACUGCUAUGUCUCCAAAUCUAAUACGUUCCACAAGUUUUCUAAACAUUCCUACGCACACACCAAGAACUCCUUCUGGAAUCUUAUCACGUGCACUUAAUCUGACACACGAUCCAAAUUUUCAAAAGAUUCAGGAUGACAAAUCAUCUUAUCAAACGUACUUUCAUCCGAAUCUCGUAAAAGCAUUAAAUCGUAAACUUUGGCUACCACGAAAUCCCCUCAAGAAAAUUUCGGUCGAGGAUACAAUCGAGUUGGAUCGUGCAUUGACUUCAAGUGAAGGUGGAAGUGGAGUAGUCGGGUAUUGGGGUGGAACUUCUGGAUUUCUUGGCGAAGCUAGAAUCAGUAUGUAUGAUACCAAUAUAUUACCAACUUUUCCGGGUCACCAAGUAAUAAUACAUCGCCGUGCAAUUACUGAUAAUGUGAUCAGUCCGAUUUCACGUGAAUUUAAUGGAGAUUGCGGUGGCGAAUAUUUUCCACCUAUGUCGCCUUGUUCACCAGAUGAAGAGGGCUUUGUGAAUAAGGAUGAUUUUGCGGUUGGUGAAGUGGAGUCAG